AUGGCCGAAUUUUUGGCACAUAAAGCACCGCACGAUUCGGAUAAUUAUGGUCAGGCUCUGGAGAAAUCAGAGGAGAUAUACAAGAUAGAAAGCCAAGGACUUGCGACUUCAGCAGCUGCAUGUGAACAUUCGAUUCAAUCCUGCGAAAUUGAUCAUCCAAUGAGGAACGUAAGCGCGCAAAGUGAGUACGAGAAAGAUGGGAGAUUACGAAAGGACGAUGUGAUGAUUCUGAAGGGUUGGGCGGAAAAGCAGCGCCACCUACCACCGAUUUCUGAGGUUCAGCUCAUCUUCUUCCUGCACAGCUGCUACUACAGCACGGAGUUGGCCAAAUCGACGAUCGAGUCGUUCUUCACGCUGCGCGCCCAAUGCCCGGAGUUCUUCGCGAAUCGUGAUCCCCGAAGGGCCGAACUCCGAACGCACAUCGAUUCGGUCUUCAGUAUGUGUUUGCCGAAAAAAACCCACGACGGCAACCGAAUCUUAUUGCACAAGAUGUUUGAUAGCGACAUUGGAAAGUUUGACGCAAACGAAUCCGCCAAGGUCCUGGAUAUGGGUAUCAUAUUCGAGCUGUUUCGAAAUGGUACAUCGGACGGUCUAGUCGUGGUUUGUGACCUCGAGGGGAUAACAUUUGCUCAUAUGCUAAGAAUUAACUUUUCGACACUUCGAAACUGGUUUACGUACCUACAGGAUGCAGUUCCCAUCCGUCUAAAAGCAAUCCACUUCCUUAAUGCAGUAGGUCUACUUGAUAGCAUGAUGGCUGUGAUAAAACCCAUCGUGAGAAACGAGCUGUUUAAUUCUUUGCACGUGCACGGUUCCGUAGAAACGGUCUUCCAAUACAUCCCCAAGGAGAACUUUCCCAGAGACUAUGGUGGACAACAACCGUCGCUCAAAGACCUUCAUGAGACCCAUACGCAAAAUUUGAUACAUUUCGCCGAUUACUUCGUAAAAGCAGAGGCGCACAUUACGGAUGAAACAAAGAGGGUUGCAAGGCCAUCCAAUGCUGACGGCGCUUUUGGCACAGAUGGUUCGUUUAAACGACUAGAGGUCGAUUAAUAUACUGAUAAUAAAAUUUUGAAAAUGAUACCUGAAAACCGACCGACGGCUAGCUCAUAAUUAUUAAU